CACCAGUUUGACAAAGAAGAGAGGAAUAAAACUGUCCGCCUCUGUUUCCCUGGAGCAUAACAAUGUGGAGGCAAACCAUGAAUGUGCUGUCAGUCUCACCGAAAAGAGCAUGGAAGUCUCUGUGGCCAACAAUGCAAAAAUCAAUCUACCCUCUCUCAAUCUAGAAUUGAAUCAGGAAUUCACAGGAAAUACCAAGACCAAGCCAAAUGCUGCUUUCAAGAAAAAAAUAAAAUACAUGUUUAACAUUCCUCUGAUUGAGUCUGUAGGCAAAGGAAACCUUGAUAUGAACUGGGCACUGGAAGUACUUUCUUCCUGUGUGUCACUGGAGACCUCUUCCCAAGGAAAGUCAGACAUAUUGAUAAUGGACAGUUUGAACCUUGCUGGAGAUCUAGAAAAUGAGGCCAGUUUCUGCCUUAAUGCCAAUAGACUGCGUUCAACUCUCAGGACUGCCUUAAACUCAAACAUUGACAAACAGGAGAUAAAAAAACAAAACUCAAACAAUAACAUCCUCCAGUUUAAUGUGAAUAAGAACUUAGCUCUUGAGGUCUCCUUGCGGCGGAUGUUUGCAACAGUUGAUUACACCAGCAAUAACAAUGUAAAUUUUGCAUCUUUCAACACAAAUGGAAAGCACAUUGUUAAAGGAGAACUAGACUUUGUUCCUUUAACAACCUUUAAGACUACAUUAAACAUUGAUGCAAGUCAGCCAAGUAGUUUGGGUCAUGCUGGACUCAUUCAGAGCAUCAACCUUGCCAUCAACUCAGAGAAGCAAUCUUUCACCUGGAGUAGUAAUGAACAGCUGGCAUCUCUCAUGCAUGCUUGUGAUUUACUCCUGUCCAAUGAUGACUCUGAAGCACGCAUGGACUUGACUGGAUCAGUGGAAUGCCACCUAGCUUUUGUGAAGUUAGUUAAGCUUCCUGUAUAUCAGAAGACCCUCUGGGAUGUUCUGAAGUGUGGUCAAGUCACAAAUAUAGACAAUUUACAAUUCCUUAACAUAUCUUCCAGCAUUGUUUACACAAAGACAGUGGGUGGCCAGAAGUAUACAACACCAUUUAAACUGUUUGAAAACAGCAUAACUUUUAGCAUACCUGAGAUUAGCAUUACAGUGCCUUCUUGGGUAAAAGACAUUCCUCACUCUAUAAGGAACAUAGACCUGCGAUUUGAAAACCCAGAUGUCCCUAAUUAUCUUACCUUUCACCCUGCAAUCUCAGUUCCAGCAUUUGAUGUGCCAUUUACCAACUUGCACCUGGAACCUUUUACAAUUGAUCCUCAGAACCUUAACAUCCCUAAUGUGAUCACCACUGCAGCCUUUGAAAUCAUGCUGCCUGGCUUGCCAAUAAUGUCAGUACCCAGUUACAAUAUUGACACGACGUAUCUAGAGGGGAGAAUAUCAUUCCUCUCAUUUAAGAUGCCACAAUAUGAAAUCACAGUCUCAUCUUUAACACUACCAAAAUCCUUUAUCAUUGGAAAGCACACUAUCAGCCUAAAUGAAAUCACAAACCGUAUUUUAAAUUUUGAACUACCAACCAUCGUCAUCCCAGAGCAAAAGAUUGAAAUCCCUGAAUUUGCCUUACAUCUGCCUUCAAGUGUAUUUAUUCCAGCUUUUGGAACCCUCAGUGUGACUAUGAAGGUUUCCUCUCCUAUUUAUAAUGUGUCAACUUCUGCCAACCUGGAGAAAAACGACUCUAGUUUUUUAACUUCACUACAUUCCAUCUGUACUUCUACCAUGAUAUUCUUGGAAUAUGACCUCUCCGCCAGUUCAACCCUUGAAUUUGAUAAUGGACUAAUCAAUGUAAAUGAGAAGUGCAAUUUAAUUUAAUUUGAUUCACAGUGAUGUAAAUGUCAACUGGCAACAUGUUUCAGCACAAAACCUGAGGUAAGAGUAUACGGCAUACUUUUUAUCUUUUUGUUGUCUUACUGGUGGAAAUGGGCUUUCAUACAUCUAAAUUUCAAAACAGACAUAUUCAGUGGCACCCCAAGAAAUCUUUCUUAGGGGUGGCCAGCUGGAGCCACUGAAAACCAAAAGGCAUAACUGAAAUUUACCAUUUUGUAAAUGCUGUUGAAGUACAUAGGCUAGAGAUAGAAAACUUUUAAGAUGAGAGUUAAGAAAUACUGAUUUACUUUACAUUUAAUGGGACUACGGGUGGAAAUUAGCAAAG